UCGCGCUGCUGCACUCCAGCCUGAGCGACAGCAAGACUCUGUCUUUAAAAAAAAAAAUUCUCUUUAAACCGAGAUCCAUCUUAUUAACAAUAAAUCACCUGAUCUUAAAAGUUUGACAAGAAACAACAUUGGAAUUUGGGAUGGUACCUUCUUGGUGACCUCCAUUUCUUCAAUUCUUCUUAAUCAUUAAAUCCUUGUUUGGUUCAAUUUCUGGUAUUUAUGUUUUACAUUUAUAUAUUUGAGAAAUGUUUCUGAAUGUAUUAUCAUAGAUUCUUGAAGUGUAUUUUUUUAACUCCAAAAUAUUUCCAAUUUCAUAGAUUCAAUUUUUCUCCAUAAGGAGGUUUCUUAGUGAAUUGGGGUAUUGUUUUCUUCACGCAACACCACUUACUCACCAACACUAACAUUCAGAGUAUUUUGGGGAUCAAAAUACUGUUAAGAAAACAAUUUUAAAUUUCGUACGUGUUUAAGGAUUUGUAAUAUUUUUACAAGCAUCUCAAUUUCUGUUUGUGUUGUCUGCUUGGAGCCUGUGGUUUGGCCAUUGUUCCUUAUGCACAUUCACUGAAGGUGUUGUUGAUCAGCACUGAAGACAGGAGCCAGAUGGCCAGGUCCUUUGAUGCCCAGGAGCUUUCGACCGCCAUGUCAGGGAGUUCCUGCUCAAGCCAGGGUGGCUUAGCCCAGAAUAACAGUAUAUUCUGAGAUGGGUAAGAAAUGGUCCACAAGUGGCCACCGUCAUUCCUCCAAAAUAAUGGACUUGGGCUCAGGAGGUCAAGUCCUCUUCAAGGAGCAUGAGCUGAAAUUGCUAAACUUUGGGAGUUUUCAGUGCCACCCUUCAAAGUGCUCACGGUGUGGCAUGGAUCAGCUGGGGAGAGCUGAUACAGUUUUGCCCUGUUGGGUAUCUAUCUGUGUCCCUUUGUCUGAGGUAGGCAACCGGGGCCACUUAGGCCCGCAGAUGCCCACCGUGAUUGGUUGACAUGAUGCCAAGCAACAGGAUCAUCCAAUCACCUUCAAUGCAGGGAGGAUUGCUGACAGUCUCCCUCGGUGACACUUCAUCCAAUCGGAUGUCGGGUUGGCCUGUGACAUAGAGCCAUGCAGCCAUACCAAAGUGCCCCCCAUUCCUAAAUGGCCAUUUUUAUUAGUUAUCUUUCUAGGUUAUCGUUAUGGUGAUAUUAGCAAUGUUCUGAUGUUUACCUUUUUCACUUUCAUUCUGCUGCGAGUGGAUGGAGGGAUUUUCCAGAAUUUCAUUAUGUGUGAUACGGCAACAGAGAAAAUGAAUAUGCUGAUAUAAGAAGCAAGGCUGUGGUAUGGCCAUUUCUAGCUCUCCUGAUUCACGGAAGAUGUUGAUCAGAACUGAAGCCAGGAGCCAGACCGCCAGGUCGUUUGAUGCCCAGGAGCCCUCGGCGGCCAUGUCAGGGAGUUCCUGCUCUCGCCAGGGUGGCUUAGCCCAGGAUAACAGUAUAUUCUGAGAUGGGUGAGAAUUGUUCCACACGUGGCCAGUCAUUCUUCUGGCAUAAUGGACUUGGGCUCAGGAGGUCUGUCUCCCUUCAAGGAUCAUGAGCUGAAAUUGCUAAACUUUGGGAGUUUUCAGUAACACCCUUCAAAGUGCUCACGGUGUGACAUGGAUCAGCUGAGGAGGGCGGAUGUGCUUUUGCCCCGUGAGGCAUCUAUCUGUGUAACUUUCUCUGACCUAGGCCACAGGGGGCGCUUAGGCCCACAGACGCCCUCUGUGAUUGGUUGACAAGAUGCCACGAGAUGCCACGCAACGGGACCAUCCAGUCACCUUCAACGCAGGAAGAUUUCAUCCAAUCAGACGUGAAGCUGGCCCCUGACGUGGAGCCAUGCUGCGUACCCAAGCGUCCCCGCUUCCCCAGUCCACAACUGCCAUUGUCUGGUCGUGUCAGCUAAUGGCUGCUGUCUCCGCCAUGGCUGGACCUUCCUCUGAGAUGACCUCUGAGGAACAGCUGAUCACCCAGGAGCCCAAAGAGGCUCCUGACUCCACGACUGCCCAGAAGCAGAGCAAGCAGAGGAAGCAAGGGCGCCGUGGGCCCCGCAAGUGCCACGCCAACUGCCGCGGGGACAGCUUCGCCAUCUAUUUCCACCGGAUGCUGAAGCAGAUUCACCAGGGCCUCAGCCUUUCCCGGGAGGCCGUGAGUGUCAUGGAUUCCUUUGUUCAUGACAUAUUGGGCCGCAUCGCCACCGAGGCUGGUCACCUGGCCCGCUCCAACAAGCGCCAGACCAUCACCACCUGGGAGAUCCGGACCGCUGUGCGCCUGCUGCUGCCGGGGGAGAUGGGCAAGCUCGCUGAGUCCAAAGGCAUGAAGGCUGUCCUCAGAACUACACUAUAUGACCUACAGAAACAGAAAAAAUGAAUACGCUGAUAAAAGAAGCAAGAAUAUUAGGAAAAUGUUAUGAAAAUAGUUGAAGAGAAAUGCUCACUGCACAAGGAGACCAGGAAAAACCCCCGUGAAAUCAGCCACAACUAAAUCCCUCAGGACCGUGCUGCCAGGUGGUCCUACAUGUUCGGAGCAACACUUUGAAAACCAAAGAUGCUUGGCAGAACCCUGUUGCUUUCCAGAGACAGAGCUGCGUACCUGGUCCAAAACACCACAUCUCACUCAGUGACUUAUUUCUCAUUAUGCUAAUUGUUUUGCUAUAAAGUGCCAAUCUUUCUGUCAAAUGGGACAUACGAAUAAAUUUCUAAAGUUA